AUGGAUAAUCUAGACAGUUUGACCACCAAGUGCUCGGGCUUAUCUUUGAAUACUGAUGGGAAUGUAGCCGCAGCUUCAACCACUUCACCAAAAUUUAAUAGAGAAAUGGUUGUUUCGCAAGAGGAAAUGGUGAGAAUUAUGAGAAACUUACACGAACUCCGGACUAAUGAGUUGAAAGAAGUUCUGCAGAAAGAACAACUGAACAUACAGGGAAAGAAGAAAGAAUUGCAAGAGAGAGUAAGAAGAUUCUACAAGAAACACUUUUUACUUUAUCAACAUCAAAGAGAUCUAGCUCGCCCUGGGCGCAAAACGAAGAAACACUUCGACUAUUUAGUGACUAUUGACUUUGAAUGUACCUGUCAAAUGGCAAAUUACGACUAUCCCCACGAAAUCAUUCAGUUUCCAGCAGUAUUGAUAGAAAUGGAAUCUCUUUCUAUUAUUGAUACGUUUGAUAGUUUUGUAAAGCCGGAUAUUAAUCCCAUUCUGGAUCCAUUCUGCACUUCAUUAUGCGGUAUAACUCAAGAAAAUGUGGAUUCGGCACCAAGCUUCACAGAAGUUGUGAAUCUGUUUUACAAGUGGCUAGGGAAACAUAAUCUUGGUAAAGGAGGACAUAAAUUCGCCUUUGUUGUCGAUGGAUAUCACGACUUCUGGAAGUUCUUACAAUUUAAGUUCUUUUCGUUAGGAGAGCGAAUGCCAACCUUGUUUCGAAGUUACAUAAACAUGAGGAAGACGUUCGAGCAAAAAGUGGCGAUACUGCAAAGAGGACGGGGGAAAACUGGCAUUGAAAAUAUGUUAGAGCAUUAUAAGUUAGAUUUUGAUGGAAAACUUCAUAACGGUCUUGAUGAUGCGCGGAAUAUGGCUAGAAUAUGUAUUGAGAUGAUCAAGAACAAAGUGGAGUUUAGGAUAAACGAACGCUUGAUCAACAAGAAGAAAGCUAACCAAGUACAGCGUGCAAACCCAGUCGAUGAUAACAAUAGCCAAUCUGAUUUCCAAGUUUGGAGACAAAGGCUACCUCUGGCUUUUCAAAGGGUGACCCAACAGGAAUUUUCAACAGGAGAAUAUUUAGAUAAUGGAAGUUCUGAUGAGGAAUGA